AUAAAAUUGGCCCCAUCUAUUUUUUUUAAAUCAUUUUCAAGUCAAAAAGGAAGUUUUCAGGGGGUGUGGUACAGUGCUUUACUUUGCUCGUUCUUUCACCAUACUGACUUAUUGAAUGACAAUUCCAGGUGUUUAUUUCUAUUAUUGAAAAUAAAAAAUCAUUAUAGCAUGCAUGCAGUGAUUUCUGCAUGCAUUGAUUUGUCCAAGGCUUAUACAUGCACAGGAAUCCAUAGUCCUUUGAUUACAUGUAAUCAUGGAGGUGAUGUUAUGGCUAAAGACAGCAUCCUCUCCCAAGUCUGAAUGUCACCCAAUCUACUCCGUCCGGUGUGCCUCCUGCGUUUUCAAGCAAGUAUCUAUUACACGUUGUUUUCUCUCCUCGGGCCUCCAGGUCUGUGAUUACACAAACUACCGCCAGGGCUCCCCACCAACGUCUUUUUGUUUGUUUGUUUGUUUGUUUGUUGGGUUGUUUGUUUGUUUGUUUGUUUUUGGAAACUGGUUCUGAUCCCAGCUGAUAAGAUACCCGAUACCCUUCAAAGUAGUUUACUGUAACAAUAGAGGGCGCUGCAGAUCAUAACAAUAACUCCGUACAAAUGCAAGUGGCGCGCUCGUCGGCUCAACACAAACCAUACAAAAAACCUCCCGUUCCCUCAGCAGAAUACGUACUGAACUCUACGCUGUUUUUGCUGCAUCUCAGUGGUAACCGGUAGACGAAGUCAUUAUCCUUGAUGCAACUUAGCAAGUGAUAAGGAUGGUCUCCUUAGCAAUCACCAGUCUGCCAAAAUGACUGAUGACAUCAUCCAAGCAAUGGAGACUUCAUUAGCAAUGUAGUGAGUGUCACUGAGCUGUUCCACUCGAGCCUUCAAAGCAGAACUUAAAAAACUUGGCCACAAGGUGUAAUGUAUUGAACAGAUUACCAUCUGCCAAGGGCAAGACAAGGCAAAGAGUGGGUAAGUGUCAGAAAAGGUCAGGAAGUAUCGGGAAGUAUCACUGAGGACACACACAAGUAGGGGAGAGCAGAACACCUGCUGUGAAACUGGGAAUUUAUCGAUUAGGGAUAACACUAACAGGGACUUGCUGUUGGGCAAACUCAAUCAGAAUUCAUGGCAAACAAGAUGAAUAACUAGCGUAGGCCUUUUCACACUUCCUUCUGACUGUGCAUUUCGAAUGUAAUUUGUCUUAAACCAACUCAAAAUGAAACCUGUGACAUUUUUCAAUAUCAGACAUUUUGGUCAAGUUUGCAAGUAGAUUGAGAUGCAUUUAUGCUGGUAACCAGGAUAAUACUGUUUAGCAUGGUAACUUGAUUAUCUCAGGAUUAAAAAUCAGGAAAAGAGCUCACUCCUGAUUGUGAUACUGGAGACAUUGCACAGUAGUUGAUCAUUGUGAUUGGAAAGGCGACCAGUAGAUAAUUAGAAUUAUUAGUUGUAGGUUCAUGUAUUAAUUCAACACAAUUGAACAAGUACAGGUGUGUCAUAAAAGUACAUGUGCUCUUGUUAUGUGGAGACUUACUUUUUUGUAAAAAUUUGCUGAAACUGCUAACACUUUAUCUGAUGAAUUUGACACACCUCAAGUUCUUGUGGAUGCUGAUCAAUUCUAAACCUUUGGAGUAUGCUGCAUAAUUCUCUGAUCCAAUCUACUCAGUUACUUCACUGUUUUACAAAAUGUCCACUGACCAGAAACAAUUUACUCAAGGCACCUGAAUAUAGACCUGCUGACCUACAACAAACUGAACAAACACAGUGCGUUUCCUGGGAUAUUUGGAAGGAUUUUCAGUUUUACAGACUUGGCACGUCCACUUUGCCCAUUGCCACAUGGUCUAGUCCCUACUCUGCCUUUGGGCCUUUGCUGUCUCUCACAGCUCCAUGUACCUCAGAUUUGUCACUAGAGAAAGAAGACUUUAAAGUUUGGUUAGUGGAAGAAUCAGUAGAGGAUUACAAAGUGUAUGAUGUUCAGCCGAAAAGUCUGUGGCUUGGCUCAACAGGAUUGGUACAGUGUCAGUGAACUACUGAACCUUUUCGUGGUGUGUAAUUGCUUCUCAAGUAGUGAAUAAUCUUUUAAGAAUUUGUGAAAUCACUGAUGCAAGGGCUGUCCAUCUUUGACAUCCUCCGCUGGCGAGGAAAAUUGCUCAGCUUGAGAUAGUAUUUCGUUGAGACGAGUGAUGAGGUUAUUAUUAGAUACACUGCUCAGAGGGGGCACUUGGUGGAGUCGGUGAUAACAGCAAGCUCAUGAAGGAUUUCUUGCUGCGAGAAAGACUUAAGUGGAUUGCGAUAAGUGGUUAAAGUGUCAUCUAUAUUUGCAACAAAUCCUGUAAGAGGAUUCAUUGGUCAACCAGGUUGCUUUUGGAAAGGAUUUUCUACAUACACGUACAGGUUUUGAUGAACUCUACCACUUCAGUCUAAACAGCAGCCAUCAUUAGCUAUCCACUCCAUACUCUGUUAUUCACCCAUCUGUCAAAAGAAGUCCACUUCACUACAGAGGGUUACCAAUAGCAGGGUCAGUCACACUUUUCAGUGUCCCCAUGACAACCAAUUGAAGGCUUGAGGACGAGCAUUGCCUUUUCAGUCAGUAGUGUUUAUGAUGAUGGCCACAGAGGAUAACUCCACUACAGUACUUCCCCCUCCUCCAAACAGGAAUGGAGCUACAGGACAGCCAACAAGUCAAGAUCAAGCCACUAUACCUGUGGCUGCAUCAGCUGCUAGUCUGGUUCUUGUCUUGCUAGCAAUUGUACUCUGGUACUUCUUGGUGAGAGGCCAGCUGCGUAAGAAGCAUUAUGAACACAAACGUACCAGCAGUCAUCACAGUCAUCAAAGUCACCAAGGUAGCCUCAGAGACUGUAAUAGCAGACAUGGUAGCUUAGCCUCUCGUUGCCAUGGUACCCCACGAGCCUCACCUCACAACCACCGCAAAUCUGCCAAUGGCUCUCCACGUUCGAAAAGGAGUUCUCGUUGCACUUGUCAGUAUGAAGCGUGCACCUGUCCAUCAGUCCGAUCUUCAGAUUCACCUCUUCUCAUGCACUCUCCCAAGAGUAAUCGAAGUUCGGUAACUGAGUGCACUGGAACGUCGCCAUUUUGUCCCCAUUCCAGAAAAUUCAGGUUGCACAAGUUUGACAUUCACAUGCGUGACUCAAUGGACUCAGAUUACCAUCCUGAUGAUGAAAACAUGCCGGGACCAUCCAAUUCAAACCAGAACAGUAAAGCCUGCACUUGUAGCUCAGACGUCAUUGUCAAUAUGGAUGCUUUAGUUAGCUCCAGUGGUUCCCAAGUGAAUGUUGAAACCAGUGAUGGCAGGCAACCAGUGAACUGUGACGGUGCUGCUGUUUGUUCACGUAUAAAGCCAAUUAGCCAGGAAGAGUUUGCUAAACAUUGCACGUGUCGUGUUAUUCGUAAUCCUCUCGGUAACGGAAGAAAUUCCAAACGGCAAAGCCUCAACCACAGUGCUCCAGCUCUGAUUGGUUCUAGUAGUGACAGUGACUUCCAUGCUGCUGAAGCAUUGUGAUCUCUCUGGGAUUUGUAAUAGCUCAUUCAAUUGUAAACCAAGAAAGAAUUUUUUCCAAGAUGUACAUGUAGUCAUUUCAGCUAUUGUUAUUUAGCAUUAGUGAUCUGCCUACAUUGCCAUGGCAACUUUGGACUAACUGACCUUUGAGUAAGCAAGUAGAAUCCGGAUUGGAGCUGCUCAGCCUUACAUUACUUUAACUUAAAGUUGUCCUGCACCAAUUUUAUGAAAGGUGACAUUCCAUCACCUUUUAUCAUGUCCCUUGUACCUUUUGUCUUUUGUAAUAUACUAUUGCAAGAGAUAUGUAUUUGUCUUUCCUUAAGAAAAACAUGUAUUUGGAAAGGAAUACUUCACUAUGUACAUGUGUAUAUAAGAGUCAUUGAUCUGAGAUGUAGUUGCUGUAAUUAUUUUGACAAAUUGCAAUCUUUCAAAAAACAAUUUUUUCAGCUAAUUUCAGAUGAUUGAAGAUUAUCAAGGUAAAAAAGUGUUAUUGCUACCAUUGGGCAGGUAGUGAACUUGUGUCUGAGCACAUAGUGUCAAUAGAGGGCACUGUUACCUUCCAACACAAACAUUUAAUGAGACCUUGCAGUGGUUUCUUGCUACAUGCUGCAUAUCCAUAAUCAAUAUUGACUAACUUUAGAACAGAGCCACUCUAGAUCUCUGACAGAAAGUGGUCAACUGUACUGCUUUCAGACAGCAUCUUUCCCUAGUUUGGCAACAUCAUACAGAUAUACAGCUUACUUGGAAGUGUGGUCAUCAUGUGUAUGUGUCAAAUAACACGAGAAGAAGCUGGCAAGUAGACAUUGGCUUCAUAAGAUCUAUGGAGAUAUUAGAAAUGAAUUUGUAGGCUUUUAGUCAUGAUGAUUCAUUGUCGUUUUACCUUGUAUCAUAAAGGUUGUAAGAGUUCAAGCUUUGCAGAAUGUGGACUGUCAACAACUUGUUGAAGUGUAGUUUCUGUUCUAUGGUCUGGUUGAAUCAAAGGAAAUUAGCAUUUCUUGCAGUGAUCAUUGUCAGAAAAUGUAGCAAUUUAUCAGCUUUUAUAGUUGAGAUCAGGUUUUAAAGGGCAAGACAAGUAAACGUUACCAGAUUAAGUGUAACAUACUAGAACAAACUGUAACAAAUGCUGCCAAGUACAUGUACAUUUUUGGGUCUUCAUAUAAAUAUUGACAUUGUUGUAAUGAGCAGAAAUCACUGAAUACUCAGUCAUUGCCAAUUCCUACAAAGAAUUUGAAAUUUUAAAAACUGUAGAUUUUGUGUUGUUGUUUAUCACAUAAUUUUAAUGGCAAAAUAAAUAUCUUUGCACAGUUUUCAAAAUUUACUUAUAUUUGUCAAAAUUUGGUGUCUUUUACAUCUCAGUUUCAAUUUUAAGGAAAUACCUUUUUAUAUUUGUCAUUAAAAGUAUAUUUGUUGUUUUUGAAGAGAAUUGUCUUAUUUGUUUCCAUCUUCAGCUGUGGAAUUUGAACUCAGAAUGUGAUUUUUUGUACUGAAAUUAAUCUGAAAAGUAUAUUACUCUAUUAUUUAUUAAACACUGUCAAGUUACGCGUGCAGAAUCAAAUAAGCUAUACGUUCUAGAGCUGCUAAACGCACAAAUUUGCUGGCUGCAGAAAUCAUUCAGUCUGGCAGACUGAGAAUAUUUCUGGAUACUAUUCUCAAAAUAAAGAUUGACUACCAAAGUGUGAUGAAUAUCUGCUUGGAUAUAAGAAAUAGGGCCUAGCAUCUCGAAAAUGGGACCAAAAUGAUGGGUGCCUUCAUGAAAAAAAGGAAGUAAAUAGGGACUAAAAACUCCCAUUGUGUUCAUCUUUUACCUAAGUUUGAUCUACCUGCACAAUUGAAGUUAAUUAGAAAGCUGUGAACUCUACCAUAGAUGUUUGUGGAUACAAAAUUAUGGUCAAAUUAAGAGCAUUUCAUUUUGUCAUUUGACUUAUGGCUUUGUACUGAUCUCUAAUUUGUGCAUUUGUGAUGUUUUACCUACAGUACAUAAAAAUGGCAACAAAGGGAAGUCAAAAGAUAAAUGUCAGAAGUUGUUAAUGUGAAAUUCAGGGUAAGAGACACUGUAACAAAUUGUCUGUGUACACAGACUGGAAAUGAUACGGUUAUUUGUGUACACCUUCACUUCCAAUAAUCAUUUCAUGUCUUUCUUGAUUGCCCAGAAUAUUAGCUUAUGGAGUAUGCACUGUCUUGUUCUCACUGGAAUGAAAUGAAUCGCUUCAUCAUAAUGUUCAAAUUAUGUAACUGCUUUGUACAUCACACGCACAGACUUCACACAAACAGUGUAUACGCUUCUGUAAUAUAUUGCACAUUAGUAAAGUUUGAACUUUAUGGAAAGCACUUAAAACAUGGUUGGAACUGGAAAGGUUUGAGUCAGGGCAGGUGAAGGAAGAAGUGGAUCAGACAUUCUUUGAUGGGACCUCUUUCAUCAGGUGGUUAAUAGUGUAUAAAGUAACAGUUUUGAAAUUCAUGUAAUGGCAAUGGACAUUUCAUUCCAGCAAACUAUUUUAGGGAGUGAAAAAAAACACACAAAAUGGGCUUUCUCUCGAUGUUCAUCAUGCUGUGUCAUUGGGCAGCGACCUAUUGUUUGUGGCAAAGUAUGAUCUCAAAACAGUGUCAUUGAUCAAGAAUUGAUCACAGAGUAUUUGUAAAAGGCUGUUAUACAGAUUUAAAGAUUAAAGAGAAUGACUAUAGUGCUGCACAACUAUUGCACCUCUGUUUGUGCGUUACGAUUUACUGUAUUUUCAGUCAGAACACUAGAGCCAGUUGAAAGUUUUUGUUGCCCUUACUGUUUUGCGGUCUUCCAUCCCGCAUCUGUUUGAGAUCAAGAUUACUUCUGGUUUUACCUACAAAUUUUAAAUUUAAAAGUCCCAUAUUAAUAUGGAACUUAAUAAUAAAAUAAUGAAAUGUUGAGUCUUGAUUUUUCCCUUCACCGACAGACCUUGUUUAGCUUGUGGUACUGAAUGUUUGUUUCACUGAUUGAGAACUAUCCCCUGCAUUUCCAAAUAGAUUCUCACACUCGUAGUUCACCGUCGAUUGUACCCCUUGUCAUUAUGCGUAUAACCUCGCCGUGGGAUUGUUUCCCCACUUACAUGUAGUUUGAUAAUGGCUUAUUGUAGCCAUUUUUAUCGUCUACCUACUUUGUCAUUUCUGUCGGGAUCUUUCUUCCACUUUCUCACUUCAGGUGGGAAUCAACUCUUGGUCGUUAAAUUCGGUGUUGGAUGAAACCCUCGAAUACCAUUAAGACCAAACUGAUACUCUUACAGGGCUCGUUUUGAAUGGAUUUUGCGUCCAUAUUUUUUCUGCAUUUUCUUCUCAGUGGUUGCUUUAAAAAGGGCGUUUAGGAAGCGGUACCCUUCCAUAGGCAUUGUACAUCCUCAAAUAAAAAGAAUUAUAGAUAGCAUUCUCCAUUUUGAAUUGAUUCAAGAAGAUUAUUUUUAUACAGUGUAUUGUAUUUAAUAGUACAAAUAAAUCUUGAAAU